ACUCGCUUUGUUUAUGUUAUGUUGACCUGAACUCCUUCAGCUGUCUUCCACCUGUCGCUACCAACAAGUCCACCUGCUUCCACGUGUCCCCACCUGAUUCUUCUGCCCCGCCUGCUUGUCAAACAAUACCCCAGGCCUCCACACAGUUCUAAUUAACAGAUGUGAAGAAAGGCAGUAGCCAUGGUAACUCUGCUGGGAGAUGCACACUUCUGGACACUGCGGGACGAUGUGGUCAUUAAGGAUGCUGAUAUGGGCGCCUUCAGGUACCAGGAUAAGAACACAGUGAGCAAGGAGCGGGUCUACUAUGAGGAUAAGAGGCAGUACCUGGAGGCUCGUGGUCUGAUGGUCACUCCAAAGAACAGCCGUCCUAUCAAACUGAGGGACUCACUGAGGGAGUUUGAAGAGUUGCUGGCAAAGGAGCGAGUGGUUUGGGAGGCGUGGAAGUCCCCCAACAUUUACCAGCUGAUCUUUGCCUCAGGGAUCAUCACAACCCUCACUGUUAAUGGACAGACGGGUGAUUUGACGAGGGUGGCAUUUGACAAGUUCCUCGUUGGGAAACUCCUCUCAGAACACUUGGCUGAUGUUGUGAUCACCCGGAACCACAUGUUGUUCUCCUACAAUGAAUGUCGACUCACUGUGGUGCACCUGACCCGCCCACCAUCUGAGGGCCAGGUCAUUGAGAGGCUGUCAGCUUUCGAUCCCAAACUGCACACGUGUGAAGUGGCAGGACCAUCAGGACGCCGCUUUGAACGCCGGCUAUCUGCCAGUCUCUCAGGUGAUAUGGUGGUGGUGUGGUGGCAGACAAGUGACGAUGAGGUGUACCCGUGGAGUCCCCUUGCAAAGGACCGUGACCGUGCCAACAUCCUGGUGUAUGGCCUGCGUGGUGCCUCACUGGACCUGGUGUGUUACUGCCGCACAGAGAUGGCACCCCUCAGUGUGUCCUUCAGCCACCUGCAGUCCAGUGUCCUGCUGACUGUGGAACAAGGCUUUGGCCGGAAGGGUGGAGUGACUGUCCUCAGCUGUGUGUAUGAGGUGGAGCGUGGAGCAUUGCAUCGUGUGGGGGUAAGCAGUGUUCCCCUGGAAGCGCCCCUCACAGCCCACGGCCACACCCCUGCUGAGGACCGGCUGCUGCUGGCCUGCAACAACGGAGUGCUUGCACUGCAUGGGGAGAGUCGUGGCACCACACACCUCACCAAGGCAGGCCUCAUCCCUGCUGCCCUGGCCUGGCUGGACACCGGCACACUGGUGGCUGCAGCCAAUGAGAGAGGUCAACUGCAGUGUUUUGACCUGGCUCUCUCACUGGUGCGGCUGCAGCUGACAGCUGAAGAUCCUGCCCCCCAGCGUGUGCUGGACCUCUCAGAGCACCUCAGGCACCGGCCUGGCCUGGCUCGACUCAGCUGGGCUCCAGGCAGACCACCUGGUGACCCUGAGGCCGGCCCUUGCCUCCUGCUGCUGCACUAUGCCCGGGGACCACUUGCAUGCAUCAGGGUGGAUGGUGGUGCAGAUGGCUGGGGGAGCCUGUCUGCCUUAGCACUAGCCAGCCAGUAUGUGAAGCACCGGCAGCUGGAUGAGGCCGUCAAUCUGCUGGUGUCCCUCAGCUGGGAGCAGGAGGGGCCAGCAGCCAUGAAGUGCCUGUCAACCGUAGCCAACCACCUGCUGCGCUGUCCCCUCACCCCCUCCCGCCUGGCCCAGAUGGAAGCUGCCCUGGCCACCUUUCACGUGCCACUGCAGCCACUCAGCCCCGCUGUGGAGGAGGAGUUUGGUCCUGCUGUACGUGCCCUCACCAGGAGGUUCUUCUUUAAAGUGUUAAGGUCUGGGCGGCUGGAGAAAGCAUACCGUCUGACCCUUGACCUCCGGGACUAUGACUGCUUCAUGGCUGUGCACUCAGUAGCACAGCGGAGAGGCGAAGCACAGCUUGCAGUGGCAGCACUUGAGAAUGCCAGGCGCCUUGAGUCCUCUUGUGGGUCAAGUGCUUCCUGCAACUCCCUUCUGUACGAUGGGUCGGAAAGGAACACCUCGGAGUCCUGCAGAGAAUCUUGUUCCACCUGCUUCUCUGGGAGUGCUUCUGAGGGGGAGGAAGAAAUCGGUGAGGGAAGUGGGCCGGUCCAAGCAGAGGUAGCAGGAGGCAGGGGCACCAUACAGCCUUCCCUCCCCUUACCUCACCUGGCUGAAAGACUUGGACAUUUGAAUGUUGGGAGUGGCUUCACCUCUACAGCAGCACCCCAGAUACCACAGGCAUCUGCAGACCUUCCCUCCAGCAGCUCCAGCACCUCACACAGCUCUUCCCACAUGCCUCACGCCAUCACCUCCCAGGAUGGUACCAUCACCAUCAACAUACGCCAACCAGACACAAGCCCCAUUCGACCUCCCACACAGCACACUGCAGCCACACCUUCCCGGCCACCUCCUCGCCCCACGUGCACUUCCCACACACCCAAUGUCAACGAAGGGAGUGCUGCCAGGCAUCCCAGAUCUGCAAGGGAAGUGUUCUACUCCUCCGAUCCCAACGAGGAGUUUGUGGAUUCAGAAAUGGUAUCUGUUUUCAUGGACAAGAAAGACCUGAGGAAAAGUUACGAGAGGGCAGUGUACCAUGGUAAUGAUGGCUACUUCUGGGAGCCAAGAAGUGUCCACCGAGGAAGAGGAUGGCGGGACAGUGAAGGUGGUGCACUUUGGCGUGGUGUGAGGCCCCUGCAGGGCACUGGCCGGGGUGCCACCACUCCCACCCGACAGUUUGACACGUGGCAGCUGUGAGUUGUGUGCUGCUCAGGUCAUUCUUCUUGUAUUGACCAUGAUUCUUUAACAUGGAAGAUUGAAAAGUAGCAAAAGUGGGUAGUAUGAUUUAUCAUCAAGUACUUUGUAUGUACUAUGGAUAUUUAUAAAUUUGUUGGUAGUAUUCAACAAAAUCUGACAUAGCCAACUUGUGCCAUUUGUGUAGAUUAAUGUUUCUUAACCUUUUCUUAACCUCAGCACCACUACACUGAGAUUUUCAAUAGACCAGCACUCUUAAAUUUAGUUGCACACUACAUUUGCUACAGCGUUAUAAGUAUUAUGGAAUACUCUUGGUCAUUCAUUCUUUGGGAAAACACAUAAAGCAUACCAUCAAUAAGCAAAACCAGUGAAAGGAAAAGGAAUAGAGUGUUUGCAUAAAAAAAGUAAAUCUUGACAUAUUGCAUUA